GGCCCAGGAGGCGGGGACGGGGCGGGCCGCGGGCUCUUUGCUCCCGGAAGCGGGUGGUUCUCAGGCUCCCGCCGAGCGGAUCGAGCUCCAGCAUCCUCGCCCGCACCUCCAGGAGCAGCGAGAGCGGCGCGGCCGCCCGCACAGCGCGACCCCGGCCCGCGCCCGCCUCUGCCGGCAAGAUGCUGUCUGUGUGCCCGGAGGCGAAGCCCAACCCGCUGCGGGACGCGAACAUCUGCUCGCGCGUGUUCUUCUGGUGGCUAAACCCCUUGUUUAAAAUUGGUCACAAACGGAGAUUAGAAGAAGAUGAUAUGUAUUCAGUGCUUCCGGAAGAUCGCUCAAAACACCUUGGAGAAGAGUUGCAAGGGUACUGGGAUAAAGAAGUUUUGAGAGCCGAGAAAGAUGCACGGAAGCCUUCUUUAACAAGGGCAAUCAUAAAGUGUUACUGGAAAUCCUAUUUAGUUUUGGGAGUUUUUACGUUAAUUGAGGAAGUCGUCAAAGUAAUCCAGCCCAUAUUUUUGGGGAAAAUUAUUGAUUAUUUUGAAGGCUAUAAUCCCACUGAUUCUGUGGCUUUGCAUGAAGUGUACGCCUAUGCGGUGGUGCUGACUGCCUGCACGCUCAUCUUGGCCCUACUGCACCACUUAUAUUUUUAUCACGUUCAGUGUGCUGGGAUGAGGCUAAGAGUAGCCAUGUGCCAUAUGAUUUAUCGGAAGGCGCUUCGCCUUAGUAACGUGGCCAUGGGGAAGACCACCACAGGCCAGAUAGUGAAUCUGCUGUCCAACGAUGUGAACAAGUUUGAUCAGGUGACAAUAUUCUUGCACUUUCUGUGGGCAGGACCACUGCAGGCUAUCGCAGUGACUGCUCUGCUCUGGAUGGAAAUAGGAAUUUCGUGUCUUGCUGGGAUGACUGUUCUAAUUAUUAUUCUGCCUUUGCAAAGCUGCCUUGGGAAGUUGUUCUCGUCAUUCCGGAGUAAGACUGCAGCUUUCACAGAUGUCAGGAUCAGGACCAUGAAUGAAGUUAUAACUGGCAUAAGAAUAAUAAAAAUGUAUGCUUGGGAAAAGCCAUUUGCAGAGCUUAUUAGCAGUUUGAGAAGGAAGGAAAUUUCCAAGAUUCUGAGAAGUUCCUAUCUUAGGGGAAUGAAUUUGGCAUCAUUUUUCAUUUCAAGCAAAAUCAUCAUUUUUGUGACCUUCACCACCUAUGUGCUCCUGGGCAAUGUGAUCACAGCCAGCCGUGUGUUCGUGGCGAUGACGCUGUACGGGGCUGUGCGUGUGACCGUCACCCUCUUCUUCCCCUCGGCCAUCGAGAGGGUGUCAGAGGCAAUCGUCAGCAUCCGAAGAAUCAAGAACUUUCUAUUACUUGAUGAGAUAUCACAGCAGAACCUUCAGCUGCCAUCAGACGGUAAAACGAUAGUGCAUGUGCAAGAUUUUUCUGCUUUUUGGGAUAAGGCAUUGGAAACUCCAACCCUACAAGACCUUUCUUUCACUGUCAGGCCUCGUGAGUUGUUAGCUGUGGUUGGACCAGUGGGAGCAGGAAAGUCAUCACUGUUAAGUGCUGUGCUGGGGGAACUGCCCCCGAGCCACGGGCUGGUCAGUGUGCACGGAAGAAUCGCAUAUGUUUCUCAGCAGCCCUGGGUGUUUUCAGGAACCGUGAGGAGUAAUAUUUUAUUUGGGAAGAAAUAUGAAAAGGAACGAUAUGAAAAAGUCAUAAAGGCUUGUGCUUUGAAAAAGGAUUUACAGCUUUUGGAAAAUGGAGAUCUAACUGUGAUAGGAGAUCGAGGAGCCACGCUGAGUGGAGGGCAGAAAGCCCGGGUCAACCUGGCAAGAGCAGUGUAUCAAGAUGCAGACAUUUACCUCCUGGACGAUCCUCUCAGUGCCGUAGAUGCAGAAGUCAGCAGGCACUUGUUUGAACUGUGUAUUUGUCAAACCUUGCAUGAGAAGAUCACAAUCUUAGUGACUCAUCAGUUGCAGUACCUAAAAGCUGCCAGUCAGAUUCUGAUAUUGAAAGAUGGCAAAAUGGUGCAAAAGGGGACUUACACUGAGUUUCUGAAAUCCGGGGUAGAUUUUGGUUCCCUUUUAAAGAAGGAAAAUGAGGAGACUGAACAAUCUCCAGUUCCAGCAACUCCCACCCACAGGAAUCGGACCUUCUCGGAGUCUUCGGUUUGGUCUCAACAGUCUUCUAGACCCUCAUUGAAGGACGGCACUCCAGAGGGCCAAGAUACUGAGAAUGCACAGGUUACGCUGUCAGAGGAGAGCCGUUCUGAAGGAAAACUUGGUCUUAAGACCUACAAGAAUUACUUCAGAGCUGGUGCUCACUGGCUUGUCAUCAUUUUCCUUAUUCUGCUAAACGUCAUAGCUCAGGUAGCCUACAUUCUUCAGGACUGGUGGCUUUCAUACUGGGCAAAUGAGCAAAGCGCCCUGAACGUCACUGUAAAUGGAAAAGGAAAUGUAACUGAGACGCUCGAUCUUAACUGGUACUUAGGAAUUUAUUCAGGUUUAACUGUAGCUACCGUCAUUUUUGGCAUAGCAAGAUGUCUGUUGGUAUUCUACGUCCUUGUUAAUUCUUCACAAACUUUGCACAACAGAAUGUUUGAGUCCAUUUUGAAAGCUCCGGUAUUGUUCUUUGAUAGAAAUCCAAUAGGAAGAAUUUUAAAUCGUUUCUCCAAAGACAUUGGGCAUAUGGAUGACUUGCUGCCCUUCACCUGUCUAGAUUUCAUCCAGUCAUUUCUACAAGUGAUUGGUGUGGUGGGCGUGGCGGUGGCAGUGAUUCCUUGGAUGGCAAUACCUCUGAUUCCCCUGGUCAUCAUUUUCUUUGUUCUUCGGCGAUAUUUCUUAGAAACGUCAAGAGAUGUCAAACGCCUGGAAUCUACAACACGGAGCCCAGUGUUUUCCCACUUAUCGGCUUCUCUCCAGGGACUCUGGACCAUCCGGGCGUACAAAGCUGAAGAGAGGUUUCAGGAACUGUUUGAUGCACACCAGGAUUUGCACUCAGAGGCUUGGUUCUUGUUUUUGACUACAUCCCGGUGGUUCGCCGUGCGUCUGGAUGCCAUCUGUGCCAUCUUUGUCAUUGUUAUUACCUUUGGGUCCCUGAUUCUGGCAAAAACGUUGGAUGCUGGGCAGGUGGGCCUCACGUUGUCCUACGCCCUCACGCUCAUGGGGAUGUUCCAGUGGUGCGUCAGGCAGAGCGCCGAAGCUGAGAAUCUGAUGAUUUCAGUGGAAAGGGUGAUUGAGUAUACAGACCUUGAGAAAGAAGCACCUUGGGAAUACCAGAAACGCCCCCCACCGACCUGGCCCCAUGAAGGAGUGAUUAUCUUUGAUAACGUUAACUUCACGUACAGUUUAGAUGGGCCUCUGGUACUGAAGCACCUGACAGCACUCAUUAAAUCAAAAGAAAAGGUUGGCAUUGUGGGAAGAACAGGAGCUGGAAAAAGUUCCCUCAUUUCGGCCCUUUUUAGAUUGUCAGAACCCGAAGGUAAAAUUUGGAUUGAUAAGAUCUUGACAACCGAAGUUGGACUUCACGAUUUAAGGAAGAAAAUGUCAAUCAUACCUCAGGAACCUGUUUUAUUCACUGGAACAAUGAGGAAAAAUCUGGAUCCCUUUAAUGAACAUACAGAUGAGGAACUGUGGAAUGCCUUAAAAGAGGUACAACUUAAAGAAGCCAUCGAAGAUCUUCCUGGUAAAAUGGAUACUGAAUUAGCAGAAGCAGGAUCGAACUUCAGUGUUGGACAGAGACAAUUGGUCUGCCUUGCCAGGGCUAUUCUCAGGAAAAAUCGGAUAUUGAUAAUUGAUGAAGCAACAGCAAAUGUGGAUCCAAGAACUGAUGAGUUAAUACAAAAAACAAUCCGUGAGAAAUUUGCCCAGUGCACUGUGCUAACCAUUGCACACAGGUUGAACACCAUUAUUGACAGUGACAAGAUUAUGGUUUUGGAUUCAGGAAGGCUGAAAGAAUAUGAUGAGCCGUAUGUUUUGCUGCAAAAUAGAGAUAGCCUAUUUUACAAGAUGGUGCAACAACUGGGCAAGGCAGAAGCUGCUGCGCUCACUGAAACAGCAAAACAGGUGUACUUCAAAAGGAAUUAUCCAGAUAUUACUCAAAAUGGUCAUGUGGUUAUGAACGCUUCCAAUGGGCAGCCCUCAGGCUUCACUAUUUUUGAGACAGCGCUGUGAUUCUGCCACAAUGUCAAGUCUAUUCUGAAGGCAUUAUUCCAAUCGUUUUUGCACUGUGUAAACUAGAUUGUCCUUUUUUGACACUAGCAACAAAUAUUUACACAUAAAAGAUGUUAGUUGAUUUGGAUUUUUCCUCCACCUUCACCCAGUGAUUUCAAGCUCUAACAAAAUGAUUUAUUAUUUUUAUUUAUAUGUUAUAGUAUUUUUUUUCUUAUCCAAAUCAGAGGUGCAGGCCACCCGUAAAAACUGUCUACCAGGUUUUGUGCCUUAAGAGACCCCAGAGCCAAAGCCCAUUUUGUAAGGUAUAAGAUAAAAUUGUCACAGACUUUUUUUUUUACUGCCCCCAAAAUUACAUAUUACUUUCCAGUUUUAUCAGGUAUUCUAUUUACUGGAAGACUGUGUGAAGUUGCCAUUUUGUCUUGCCACUUUCCUUAACAUAACUAGGAUCCGUUAUUUUCCCCAAAGACCUCUGGUUAAAAUAGUACAGGUAAAACUAAUAGGAAAAACAAAAA